CCAUCGAGUGGGGAGGAUUAUACCUGGUUCACUGGGGAGGAUUAUACCUGGUUCAACAAUCGAGUGGGCGGCGUGGAGAUUCGGAGCCGGAUUGAUCGUUUGCUUUUUAACCAGCCGUGGACGGAUAUGUUCUCUUGUUUGGUGCAUCACUUGGAUAGAGUUGGAUCUGAUCAUGCUCCUCUGUUGGUGGAGUGUAAGUCUCAUGAACGUCCUCCUGCACGGCCUUUCACUUUCCUUAAUGUCUGGACAGAGCACGAGGAUUUUCAGAAAGUGGUAGCCGACUCUUGGAGGGAGGACAUUACUGGCAAUCCCAUGUUCGUAUUUGGUGCUAAGCUCAAGCGUCUGGCACAUAGCUUGAAGAGAUGGAACCGAGACACCUUCAGUCACAUCUUUGGUAGGCUUAAGGUGCUUGAGCAGGAUGUUCGGGAUAUUGAGCUACAGCUGCAGACAGAUUCAUCAGAUGAGACCUAUAUCGAGUUCAAGCGGCGUUCUACACUUUUGAAGCGCCAGUAUCGUAUCGAGGAUGAGUUUUGGCGGCAGAAAGCCCAUGCGAAAUGGGUGACGGACGGGGAGAGGAACUCGGGGUACUUUCACUCUGUAGUGAAGGAUCGCCAGCGGAAGCUCUACAUUCACCGCAUACAGGAUGACCGUGGGCAGUGGGUCACGGAGAGAGCUGCGAUUGGGAUGCAGGCGAUUACCUUUUUUCAGGCCAUGUUCACUGCAGAUCCUAGUGUUACAUCUUCGGCCUUAGACAUGAUUCCACGGCUGGUCACUGAUGAGGAUAAUGACCGGCUAUGCGCUGUUCCGGAGAUGGAGGAGGUCAAGACUGCGGUCUUUGCUAUGGACUCUAGGAGUGCAGCGGGUCCCGAUGGCUAUACUGGGGCCUUUUAUAAGGCCGCUUGGACGAUCAUUUGCACGGACUUAUUGGCGAUGGUACAGGCUUUUUUCUUAGGCCACGAUCUGACUCGCCCUCUCACGCAUACUUCUAUUGUUCUAUUGCCCAAGAAGCCCAAUCCUGUGACCUUUGCGGACUUUAGACCCAUCAGUUUGUGUAAUUACUGCAAGAAGAUCAUCACGAAGAUUAUGGUUGUUCGCUUGGCUUCCGUGCUCCCCCGGCUGCUUUCCUCGCAUCAGAGUGGGUUUGUGGCGGGGCACUCUAUCACUGAUAAUAUUCUUUUGGCUCAGGAGAUGUGUCACGGGAUGCGGGUGGAUAAUGAUGAUGUCAUUCUGAAGCUGGACAUGAUGAAGGCCUAUGACCGGGUCUCCUGGACACUAGCUAUUUGGACGACAUUCAUGAGGGCUAAGUACUGUAGCCGCGUCCAUCCUGUGUCCAAGCAGCGUGGUGCUGAUGAUUCACACACAUGGAAGCGCAUGCUAGAUGUUCGCGCCGUGGUUGAGCCUGUGAUUCGAUGGCGUGUACUAUCUGGCACGUCUAACUUCUGGUGGGAUACAUGGUCUGGAUUGGGUGCCUUGCAUCGCCAGGUCGAUGGCUGCAGUGGGUACUGGACUGAUGGAGUGGGUGAUAUGUAUUGCUCUGAUUCUAUGAUUGACCAUGAUGCUCUACCCCCUGAUUUAUUACGGCAGUUGCGCCUUGAGCUGCCAUCUCUAGUUUCUGACCAUGUGGAUAUCCCGGUCUGGACCCCGUCUACGGAUGGGAAGUUUACUCUUGCUUCUGCUAAGGAGCUUCUUAGACCGAGGAGGCAUGAUGAGGUGGAGGACAUUAUGCUUAAGUGGUGUUGGCAGAAACACUUACCCUAUAAGAUGUCCUUUCUAGCAUGGCGCGUUUUGGAGAGGCGCCUUCCCACUGAUGAUGUCCUGGCGAGAUUUGGCUUUGCUUUGCCUUCUCGGUGCUUAUGUUGUUCGCCGCCAGGACGGGAGACCAUUACACACAUUUUCUAUCAUGGGAGCAUGGCGCGGCGUGUUUGGACUUAUUUCACACAGUCUGCCCGUAUCCGGGGCACACAUCACAGUUUGAGGUCUGUCUUGAGUAUAUACUAUGCUGCGUGCAAGUAUGGGGAUGCUUGCCCCAACUUUGCACGCAUUAUUUUUCGGGUGGCUACGGCGGUGUCGGAGUGCAUCUAUCGUCGCUGGCCUAGCGGGGGUCUCUUGCCUUCCCGAUGGUCGGUGAUCAUGGAGCACGUUCGACGAGGCUUUGGAUGCAGGAGGGUGGUGCCGAUUGGGUGGGUCCCACCGCCGGGUGGCACCAUUAAGGUGAAUGUGGCGAGGGCCCCGCUACGUGGGGCAUUUGCAGCGAUCGUGCGUGACUCGACAGGUAAGUUUCUUUAUGCUCUUUCUUCUAUUGCAUUCAGGUGGGAACCAGUGGAGCGUGGAGGGAUGGACGUGCUUCUUCGGUGUAUUCAGUGGUGUAUAUCCCAGUCCUUCUUGCGUAUCCACGUGGAGUCCCAUCAUUCAGAGCUAGCUUGUUUCUUUAGAGAAGGNCAUUUGCAGCGAUCGUGCGUGACUCGACAGUGGUUUCAUUGUGACGUGCGGGCGAAUGCCCCGACGACUGAGUUAGCAUUGUGGGCCGUGGAUAGUACAGAGGGGACGCGGGAGUUUACUAAUCUGCAGGAUCUUGACAUUCGGGUACGAUCUCUCCUUCCUAUGGACGAUCUGCCCUUCUUUCGCAUGGAUGAGGAUGGGGACUGCUUCACUGGUUAUUUUCUUGGAUUUUGGACUUUCUUGGAUUUCUACACGGCUGGACUACUUGGAUUUGGUUGGAUUGAAACUUCUAGUUGGGCCGUGGCAUUGGCGGAUGGGCUGCUCACCUUGGCGGAUGGGACCGAUGCUCUUGGCUGGUCACUGAUGGUUGGACGGCCAGGUGAUGGGCUUGGGCUGAUUUGGACGGGCGCUGGGCACGGGUUGGAUGGCUUGGAUUGGGCCGGCGGCUUACUUGGGCUGGCUUGGAGAUUGGACUGUCAUGGUUUGGGCCUCCUCAGGUCGGGCUUCAGAUGCGGAUUUGGGCUAGCACACAUGCCUUCCUUCAUGGGCUCGGGCUCGGCUUGGUUGGCCGAGCCAAAUAGGAAGGACGAGCGGAGCGCAGAGCCGGGUAGGAAGGACGAGCGGAGCGCAGAGCCGGGUAGGAAGGACGAGCGGAGCGCAGAGCCGGGUAGGAAGGCGGGUGGAGCGCAGAGCCGGGCAGGAAGGCGAGCGGAGCUCUGGGCCAGGCAGGAACGUCCAAGCCCGAUACUUGGGAAAUUUUUGUUGAUGGCAGUUCUAGGCUGGCGUGGGGUUAUUCCCCAACAGAAGCCCCCACUCUCCGGGUUCCAUGGCAUUUAGCAGUGGAACGCGUGAGAGUAGAAAACACUGUGGUCGGUCAGCUCGUGGGCCCACGCGUAGCUUGGCGGACAUGUGGUGACGCUUGGAGUUCCCCGCGAACGGUUGUGGCGCUUCGCUUUGGUGAAGAAUUCUGGUUUAACUCAAAAUUCCCGUAGUAGUAAAGGGAACAGACUAGA